AUGUCAGAAAAUCCUGCACAGGGUUAUGAAUAUAACAUUAACGCCCCUUUAUCAAGUACCUACUGUACUAUACUGCAAUAUAGGGAUUCCAUGGGCAAAGAAGAUUUGUCUCUGGAUACAAAUUUAAAGACCCAAAAGGACAAGUUCCAUCUUUACGUCUUACCCUUUGAAUCUGUAUGUUUGACAAGUCUAAAAAUUCGCAUAUCAAGAGUUAUGCAAAAUAGGGAAGAUGAGAACUAA